UGAAAUUAAUGAAUUAACUUUUUGGUCAAUAGUUUGAUUUUUUCUAUGCGAGAUGCCCCUCUACCCUUCACUUGAACAUUUGAAAGUAACCAGUUUACUGGAAAGCCAAGGUGGUAUGAUGCCUGAUUUUCAGCCUCCUAGUGAAGAAGUACCAAAUCCAUCAGCACCGUCAGCCCCAUCACACACUGACCUGUUUAGAGCUAUGGGCUACGAAAUGAACUCAUUUUGUUAUAACAAUUGUGGUGAACUUGUGCCCUCUUUACCCACGAAGCCUGAUGAAUUUCUUAAGGCUGAUAAUACAGACUAUAGAGCCAGUUCAACGGCUAUUUGUACUAUUCCGCAAAGUGGACCACUCUCUCUUUUUUAUCCUGAUCCAUUUGACAAAGUAGAGAUCAGAUCUGGUAUUCGACUUGUUACUUUGUGUAAAAAUGAGUGUGGUAAAGUUGGAAUUCAGUUAAAAGACAUUGAGAAGGGCAUCUUUGUUUCGUUUGUUGAAGGAGGUUCACCAGCUUCACUAGCUGGUGUACGUUUCGGUGAUCAAGUACUGGAGAUUAAUAAUAUUAUAACUGCUGGUUAUACUGGUGGAAAAGCAAUGGAUCUACUUAAAAAUUCAUCGCCUAAUAACAUUCAAUUAGCGAUUCGUGAUCGUCCAUUUGAACGUGUUGUCACUGUGCAUAAGGAUUCUACUGGUUCAAUAGGCGUAGAAAUUCGUAAUGGUUUAAUCAAAGCAAUUGUUAAAGACUCAAGUGCUGCACGUAACGGUCUUCUAAUUAAUCAUUAUAUAAUUGAAGUCAAUGGGAAAAAUGUUGUCGGAUUAAAGGGUAAAGCGUUGACACAGAUAAUUGAUGAAUGUUCCAAUGGGGUCAAAUUCACCAUUAUACCGAAAACAUUCCAUGAUAAGCUGACUAAAAAGUAAGUUGUUAAUUAUCUCUAUACUUUUCAUUAUUGUUAUUAGUUUAACCAAUCACUGCAUUCAGAUGAGCUUUAUGACCUUCUUGCUUGAAGAAUUCCCGUAUCUCUACGGAUAUAGACUUCAUAGAGUGGUGCCAUAUCUUUGUCUGGCCACCUUGAACCCUUUUCCAACCGAGUCCAACUUCCCCCUAACCAUGGCACGUCGAGUCUUUCAACUGGACAAUUACGAGUUCAAAUGGAUCGUUCUGCCCUGUUUAAUUACCCAGUUAUGUGAUACAAUUAUCAUUCAUGAUUCAUUUUUUCAUUCUUCCUUCACUACUAAUUUCUCUCUUUAUAAUCGAUUUUAAGUAUAAUUUGUAAAUUUUAAAAUCAUUUAAUAUUCUGCACCAAAAUAGCAUACAUCAUUUCAUUAUUUUACAAAGAUUUUGACUAUCAGUUUUUUUUCUUAACCUGAGAAAAAUACCUACCCUACACUCUCUUCAUUUGUCUACAUGGAUGAUGGAGUGCUUAACUACUUGGUUUACAAAAGUUGUCAUUUAAAUUGUUGUUAUAUUUAGUAUCUCUUCCAUGUUGUGUUGAAUUGCAUAAAUGACUUUUGAGCAAUGUUAACUGAACUGUUUGCCAUCUAAUAUGUUUUCAUAUUUAUUCAGAUUAUUCAGAUUACUUUGUCUUUUUUUAUCUUGAGUCAUCACCGUUGAUGAGUCGAUCCAGAGUGAUUAGUUAAUUAUCAUUGAAGCAUCCUUA